GAGCAGAAGUGCAACAUGUGAUUGGGUGCCUUUUCCUCCAUUUUGAAGAACGUUCUACAUGCUUGCUCAGAUCUGAUUCCAUCUUUAUCGUCGAAGUUGCGCGGAUGGCGUUCCGCAGUCUCCGGAUAACUCGUCACGCAAUGCAGCCCACUCCAUUUUCGCCGUACGCAUCUGUGCGCUUGUCACUAUACAUGCUGCUGCUCUUCAUGAACCAGACGCGCCGUGCGCUAAUCAGCGCCAGCCCCAGCGCCAAAGUCUCCAAGCGCAUGGAGAUCCGCGAACAAGACUUCUCCUUCCAAGGUGCAAGAGUGUGGGUUGAUGUCGCUCUCUAAAGCUUCACUAACUGGCUUUUACCGUUGUGAUACAUUCGGCUGGGUUGAAUUUGCAUACUCUGCGGCUGUAGAUGGCGCCCGAGAGCAGCCAGUGAUUGAGGUGGUAACCAAAGACGUCAGGACUGCAGAUAUUUUCAACGUUAUGCAAGGUACGGCCGUGCUACUGGGUCUGGAGGAGAGCUGCAUGGUACUGUAUGCUCAUGGACCCUACGCUGUUGCGCUCUGCGUGCUCUCAGCUAUCGGCGGCGACGAGGACGCAGCAGAACACGCAGCAUCCUGGUGGAAGGAUGCAGUGACAGAGGAAUUCACGAGGCAGGACGUCGUGGUGCUGGCUUUGAUCGCAAUUUGUGUGUUGCGACUAGUGGUUUUCGUGUUCCAAGUGCUGUGGAAGCUUGUGAGACUGCCGAUGCAAUGGUAUACUACGAUGGAGAAGGAAAUGGAUGGAGAUAUUGAGGAGAAAUGCAGUGUUGAGACAGUAGUGAGGCUGAGGAAACAGUUGGCGAUCGUCCGCUUCUGCCAUCUGCAGUUUUUACUGGUGAUCGAGAAAUUGAAGCGUGAAAUGAAAGACGCCAAGAAGGAAGACACACAGCAAAUGGUGGCGUCGUUGGCGGUGUCUCAACACGAAGAGAGCGAGGAAGUGACGCUCGCUGAGAUGUUGGCGACGUUGCAGAAGAUCCAGGCCAAGGACAGCAGCUUCAAAGCGAGUGAGGUGGAGGAGCACCUUGUGGACAUUAAGCAGGACGUGGAAGAGGAAGAGGAUAUUGAUUCUGGUCUACCUGAAGCAUGGGAGCGUUUACAGGAGAUCUACGCUUCGUUUCUUCGGAUUCAGGCGACAAUUAUCCGUCGGCAGAAGCGAAGAACCACGUGGCAAUGGCAGCUACAGCAGCACGAACAGCACAGUGAGGACACGUCUCGACGUCGUCAGCGUCGACUUCCGAGCAGUGAAGACCCCACUGAUGAGGUUCUGCAGGAGCUACAAGAGCUGACAAAAGAAUUACCACAAGGAUUCACUGCCGAUAUGUUCACAUCUCUGGGUAAUGCGAUGCACGAAAAAAUGGUAGCUGCUGGGCCGGAGACAAGUCCCAUCCCUUCUGUUAAGACCCCAUACACUGUGAACACAGCUGCUAUACCGACAGCAGCCAAAUACAGCGCCACGGCCCAGAAAGCGGCGUGAAAUGGCGUUGAACUACAUAAGUACAGAGUAGUAGAAUUCACUUAAUAGGACCAAGUAGAACGUAGGAGACCGAGCACUAGGUAGGGAAUCAUGUAACAUAUCAAGAUACAAACGCUUAAGUCAAUCCGUUUCAAAGCC